GCUGCCCAGCACCCGCGCGCCGGCCGAGCGCGCGAUCCGCGAUUCCAUGCCUUCCGCCUGCCCCUUAAAAACCACUCGAGCUCGAGCGCUGAUCAGUUCAGUGCCUAGCACAGUUCACACACACGCACGCGUGGCAACCGACCUUUAGCUGAGUGCUGAGUUCCAACUUCCCACAGAUCAUCACCAGGGACCCAGGAAAGAGCGGCGGCACGCGUGCAGUGACCGGCGAUCUCGACACACACACACACAGACACAGACACAGGCGUGGCGAUGGCUGGCGAGGGUGGGACGACGCCGUUGCCGCCGCCGCCGCCGCCGCUGAGGCUCAAGGACCUCCUGGAGCUGGACUGCGACUCGUGCAGCGCGGCGGGGUUCCGCUGCUACCCGCGCCGCCUGGGCGAGUCGGCGUCGGCGCCAAUGCGGCGGCACCUCCUCCUCGAGUCGUCGCCCUCCCUCUCCCUGCGGCGGCACCGCCCGAGCAAGCUGUCCCACCUCUCCAGGAGCCUCUCGCGCCGGCUCAGCAGGCGAGGCGGCUUCUGGAGUAGGCGCCGCGACGAGGAGGCAGACGACGACGACGCCGCGGCGACGACGACGGCCGCGUCCGCCGGCUGCGGUGGCUCUAGCUCUAGCUCUAGCUCUAGCUCCGAGGAGCUGGAGACGUCGUCGUCGGAGUCCAGCGACAACUCCUCGUCCGGGAGGACGAGCAGGAGGUCGCGGUCCGAGUCCGACUCGGACUUCUCGUCGGCGACCGAGGACAGCGUCCACCAUCAUCCUUCGCAGGCCGCCGCCGCCGGAGACGAGCACGAGGUGGUGGUGGCGAUGAAGACGGUGGUGUCCAAGGAGAAGGAGGGGUCCAGCUCGUCGUCGGGGUCGCAGGCGGACGACAAGGAGCAGCUCAGCCCCGUGGGCGUCAUGGACUUCCCCUUCGACAACGACGACGACGAGGAGGAGUUGAGGGACGCCGCCGCCGUCGCGUGCUCACCUUCUUUCAGCCUCGCACGUCUCCACAGGAGAAAGACGCACAAGAUCCGACGGUUCGGGAGCUGCGACGAGCUGGCCCCCCUGGAUCUCGAGGCGCGUCUCGCAACCACGUCAGACCCCGCCGCCGCCGCCGCCGACGACCCACCGCAGCAGCAGAUGAUCCAGUGCCGUACCGAAGACGCGGCAACGCCGGCGUGCGCAGGCAGCGUCCACGACGUGCCGCCAGACGAGGACGACGACCUUACUUCGCUGCUCAUGGGCAUGCCGGUGUCGGCCGGCUUGGACGACGACGCGUCCGAACGGCUUGUGCUGGACUUCUUCGUGGAGAUGAAACGCCGGCGGCGCUCGGAUGCGCACGACGCCGAGGCCGAGUUCCUUCUCAAUGGGCCGGCGGCCAGUGGUGGCGUGCUGCGAGGGAAGGCUGAGCGGGUGGUAGACGGCGAGGCUGUGGCCGCAGCGGCCAGGGGCUGGUUGGAGGGCACGGGCCCGGGAACUGAGCGAUGGGGCUUGGCGGACGUGCUCAGCGGCGGGGCGGUCAUCGUGGCGGAGAUGGAGCGGGGCCGGCGGUGGAUGCAGGUCGGCGAGGAGGAGCGGGAGGUCGGCGCUGUGGUGGCGGGGAUGCUGGUGGAUCAACUAGUGAUCGAGGUGGUGAGGUGUUUGUUCGUGUAGAUGUGAACUUAAUUAGCUUGUUGAUGAUGUAAGUAACGUGCAAGGAAAUCGAUCAUGUCGCAAACGAUUAGUACAA